AUGUCUCUUGAAGAGAUGAUAGAAUUACUAGCUGCUAAUGUAUCUCGAAUUCAGCAGGAGACACAAAGGAUGGGUGAAGAGAUGAAAGAAGCAAGGCGUGAAUGGGCAUUUGAAACGAGCAAAUUGAUUUCUCCAGUGUGGGGGUACUAUCGUGGUGUUCUUCGUGGGAAAUUGGUGGCCAUUAAAAGGAUGAGCAAAGAUGUCAGGCGGGAAGUCAAAAUUCUUCAAAAGAUAAACCACUUCAACUUGAUUAGCCUCUAUGGUGUGUGCGAGCGUAAUGGUGUUUACCACCUUGCUUAUGAGUUCAUGGAAAAUGGAUCCGUGAAGCAAUGGCUCAAGGAAAAGGGUUUCCCUGAGAUUCAAAGUUGGAAUACUAGAAUUCGUAUUGCUCUAGAUAUUGCUAACGGGCUCGACUAUCUUCACAAUUUCACUGCUCCAGCAUAUGUGCACAAGGACAUAAAUAGUGGCAAUAUUUUACUUAAUGGUGAUCUGAGGGCCAAAAUUGCAAAUUUUAGCUUUGCUAAGUCAUCUGAAGGAGGUGAAUUUAGCAAUUCAUCGUCUACCACAUUUUUUCCGGGAAAAAAAGGUUAUAUGGCACCGGAAUACUUGGAAGAUCAAAAGGUAGGUCCUAAAAUAGAUGUUUAUGCCUUCGGGGUUGUUCUUCUCGAGUUGAUCACUGGAAGAGAUGCCAUAUUUGUAGAAGGUGGCCAAGAUGUUCUGCUUUCUGAAGCAGUAAUCUCAGUCAUGGCUGCCACAGAUGCAGAAUAUGCUAUUGGAGACCUUAUAGAUUCUUGCCUGCAAGUAAAGCAUCCUAUUGGUUACAUCAUUGAUCAUUCAGAACUUGCUCUUCGCCUGAUAAAAUUAAGUGUAGCAUGCUUGGCUAGAGAGCCGUCAGAAAGACUAACCAUGGCUGAAGUAAUUUCUAGAUUAAUGAAAAUUCAGUUAGAUGUCCAAAAAACAGAAUACUCCUUUUCUAUAGUAUAG